AUGGAGAAGAUUCUUGAUCGAUAUGAAAGAUACUCAUAUGCAGAGAGACGCUUUCUUUCGAGCAAUUCUGAAUCAUCAUCAGUGCAGGAGAAUUGGAGCUUGGAAUACACAAAACUCAAGGCUAAGAUUGAACUUCUGCAAAGGAACCACAAGCAUUAUUUGGGAGAAGAUCUGGAGUCGUUGAGCUUGAAGGACCUCCAGAACUUGGAGCAACAGCUUGACAGCGCUCUUAAAGCUAUUCGAUCCAGAAAGAAUCAACUCAUGCAUGAAUCUAUCUCUCAGCUGCAGAAGAAGGAAAAGGCAUUACGGGAGGAAAAUAACACGCUAACGAAGAUCAGAGAUAAGGAGAAGAGAAUAGGACAGCAGGCUGAAUGGGAAGAGCAAAAUCAUGUCACUACUUCAACGUCUUUUCUCUUCCCACAAACAAUUCCAUGCCUAAACGUCAGAGGCAAUUAUCAAGGGGGAGAAGUAGAGGCAAGGAGGAAUGAGCUUGACCUAAAUCUUGAUUCUUUAUAUGCACACCUUUGA